GAUCUUACAUUUCAAGAGGAGAAGAGCUGAGGAUACAUCAUUUUCUUCUCUUCUUCUCCGUCAAUAAAACAACUUUCCAACAUUCUGCAUGCAUGUUAUUGUUAGCUUCCCAUGCAUGCAUUGAAAUUAUUUCAUUGAUCCUGUUAUUAGUUCUGUUUCGAACGAAUAAAUAGUUAAAUUCAUAAUAUAAUUACAUAAGAUAAUAUCAUGGCUGGGAGUAAAUUGAGGAAGGCGAUAGGGGCGGUGAAGGACCAGACGAGCAUAAGCCUGGCCAAAGUAGGCGGCAGCGCUUCCCUCUCGGAGCUCGAGAUCGCCAUUGUCAAGGCAACCCGACACGAGGAAUACCCGCCCGAGGAGAAGCACAUCCGGGAGAUUCUUUGUCUCACGUGCUACUCACGUGCGUACGUGGGUGCAUGUGUGAGCACCAUCUCCCGACGCCUCAGCAAGACGAAGAAUUGGGUUGUCGCACUUAAGUCACUCAUGGUCAUCCACCGCUUGCUCAUUGACGGUGAUCAAUCCUACGAGCAAGAGUUCUUCUUCGCCACCCGGCGCGGGACCCGCCUCCUGAACAUGUCCGAUUUCCGUGACUCCCGCUCUAACUCAUGGGACUUUUCGGCGUUUGUGAGGACAUAUUCAUUGUACCUCGACGAACAGCUAGAAUUCCGAAUGCAGACACGCCGAGGGAAACACGGUGCGCUCACGUACGAAGAAGACGACGAGGAAGUGGGCCCAGGAGCCAUUGUUGUGAGGACCACUCCCGUUUCAGAAAUGAAGAAUGAGCAUUUGUUCUCGAGAACUCAGCAUUGCAUGCAAAUUCUUGAUCGGUUCUUAGCUUGCAGACCUGCAGGCGCUGCAAAGCACAACAGGCUAGUGUUUGUCGCGAUGUACCAAAUCGUGAGGGAAAGCUUCCAAAUAUAUUACGCGAUGGCAGAAAUAUUUGGGAUCUUAGUAGACCGAUUCAUGAAGCUUGACAUUCCUGAUUCCAGGAAAGUCUACGAGAUCUUCUACCGCGUCUCCAAGCAAUAUGAUGAACUCGAGAUGUUCUACGAGUGGAGCAAAUCUGCAGGGAUUGCACGAUUAUCCGAUUACCCGGACAUGGAGAAUUAUCCAAAGAAGAAACUUGACAUCAUGGAAGAGAUUAUACGGGAGAAAACGGAAAUGGAAAGGGCAAGAAAAAUGAAGAGCCGAGAGCCUUCACCUGUGAAAGUGGAAGAUAAGGAGCCGGAACCCGAACAAGAACAGGAAGAAGAUGCAAAUGCAACAAAAGCACUACCACCACCACCACCGCCUGAGGACUUAUUUGAAGAAAAGAAAGAGGAGGAGCCAAAGGAGGAGGAGAAAGAGCAGGAAAUAGGAGAUCUGUUGAACUUGGGAGGAGAUGCUCCCACACCAGAAGAACACGCUAACCAGUUGGCCUUAGCCUUGUUUGACGGUGCUCCAGCAACAGCCCCCCCUGCUGCAACAACAGGAAUAACUCCCUGGGAAGCCUUCACCGGUGAUUGGGAAACCGCUCUUGUUCAAUCCACUAGCCAUCUAUCAAACCAGAAGGUACAACUUCCAGGUGGCUUCGAUCAAUUGAUGCUGGACGGAAUGUAUCAUCAAGGAGUGCUAAACCAGGCAGUUACGUCCUCUGGCAUCGUAGCGACAGGCAGUGCAAGUAGUGUCGCAUUCGGCUCAGCCGGGAAGCCAGCAAUGCUAGCGCUGCCGGCACCGCCAUCCACAGACGGGGCAGCCAAUGCAGCACCAGGAACAGACCCUUUCACCGCUUCACUUUCAGUAGCACCACCAGCAUACGUGCAGAUGUCAGAUAUAGAUAAGAAACAGAGACUGUUAAUAGAAGAACAACAAAUGUGGCAACAAUACGCAAGGAAUGGAAUGCAGGGACAAGUAGGAUUAGAGAACGUCCA